UAACGGACGACAUCCUCCGGCAGUUUCGACCCGGACCGAUCGCCGCGUUUCCCGAAUCCUGGUUGUGCUCUUUCGCGAAGUCGCCUGGCCGUUGCGCGAAGCGCCGAGUGCACCGAUUUUCCUGAUCCCCGACGUGAGGAUCUGCGAUCGCCUCCAGCCGAUCGGAAGCUGUAUAUGACCGAUACCGAUAGAGAAUGCAUCUCACACCGGGAUGUUCCGCAGUUUCGCGUAUGCUACGCGCCUAUCGUGCUCGUUGUUUGAGCCGCGUUCGGUCUCUCCACGUCCAGCCGAGAGAUUGCGUCGUCGAAGGAGCGUGCCUGCGUAACACACCGGGCUCCAUCAGCGCGCCGUGAUCGCGAUGUCCGUUUAAUCAACGCCCGUGGUGUGCGGAGGUGUAUUAACAUGAGCGCGGCGGUGACAUAAAGCGUCGGAGUGGUGCGCGAUCAUUGCAACAUCGCGGCGUCCUGCGUCCCAACUGCGUCGUCGUUCCCAACGAAACGUCCGCUCGGAGCACACGAACGGCCGAUGUGCCGGCGGACCCGCGGAUCCGCGAAAAUCGAUCGACACUCCGUUUAUUAAGGACUGAGUGGCGCGAGCGCGGAGGAGUGCGAGAACACCGCGAUGUUGCGUUAAACUGUGUAGGGAAUGGAACGCUUUAACUCGGGACUCUGCGACGGCUCCGCUUUACUUCCAGCGUGGUUUCGGCCGACACGCAGGAUGGGCGCAUCGCAAUGGAGAUAGAAGAGCAGCUGCUAUAGUAGACGACCACCCCGGGUCGUCCCGAUUGACCAGCGCAUCCGUGAUCGUUCCCCGAGUGAAGGCAAACCGGCUCGCCCGCGAUGACCACGACGGCGUCGACGGAGAAGAUGGACACGGCGAAAGACCUGCCGAAAAAGAAGCUCAUCAACACGAAUCUGAUAUCUCUCAAGUGUCUUCUGUUCAUCUUCUUCGGAGGCCUCGGCUGUCUCUUCCCGUUUCUUCCUCUGCAUAUGACGAAGGUGGGACUAGCCAUCGACGACAUCCGAUUCAUAUCGAUAAUCUCGCCGGCGAUCGCGACAAUCGGACCUCUGAUAGCAGGACUGAUCGCCGAUAGACACGCCAGACGCCAGAGCAAGAAUGACAAGUCGUCGACGGGCCGUUACCUUCGCGUGAUGAUCGCCGUCGUCUGCAUCCUUUCGGCGUUUGUCUACUCGCUGAUGAUGCUGAUACCUAGGAAGGAUCUGUACGCUCUGUCAGCGGACGAAAAGAUCCCCGGCUUGAAGUUCAACUGCGAUCGGCACGGAGCGAUGGUGCGGCAGGAAAGAUGCGAGAAUCGCUUUGGUUGCCACCGCUGGACCGACGACGACAGCGGGGUGGGCGCUAUGCUACUGGAGAAUUGUAACUACGCCUGCUACCCGAUAACCGGAUCACGACGAUGGCACGCGGAACUCGCUGCGGGUACUACGAGCACCGUCAACGCCGACGUGGAGGUCGAUUUCGAAGGCAGCGGCUCGAUCACGGUUGCACCGCUGGACGCUGAACUCUACGCGCAACAGGAUUACGAAGAGACGAGAAAAACUCGCCGCUACAUUAUAGCGGAGAACGAGCCGCCGCAUCUGUGUUACAAGGACGAGGACGACAACGUCGUCUGUCACGUUUAUACGGAAUACUCCGGCAGCCUGCCGGUGAAUGGUAGCCUCGGGCAGGCAUUGAACGCCGAAAAUGAAAAGGAAUGGUGCGCGUAUCCCGUGGCCGAGUACUUUGCUUGUCGCAUACCGCCUGAACUGGAAGUCAGGAUGGCUGAAUUCAAUCAGAGUUGCUCGAUAGAAUGCGACCUGAUCGAUCCGUACACUCUACCUGGCAGUGUGCUGGCGGAAAGCCAGUGUCAACAGACCGGAGAUUGGGCGGUAACGUCAUGCCAUAGUCAACGUAGCGCUUGCACACCGUGCGUCUGGAUAUACCUGGCGGUGCGAUCGUUUGCGGAUAUCUUCCCCACGACCGCCGUCGCCCUGAUCGACGCGGCGGUGGUGAUAGCAACCAGAGAGACGUCGUGCGGCCGUGGUGACGUCGGCCGGCAAUUGGCUUUUGGCUCUCUUGGUUUUGCCCUGCUAGGACCCUUGGCUGGUUAUCUAAGCACCCUGACGAACGACAUCGGACCUGCCUAUUGGCUGCCUUUCGUUCUACACGCUGUACUGAUGAUCCUCGCGGCCGUCGUCGCUCUGUCAGCGAAUGACAUGCCGCUCAGUCCGCCUGAAUGGUGGUGGCACACGAGAAGCGGCAUGCUGGCAUUGCCGAUGAGCGCUAUUAAGAGAUAUGGCAGCGAAACCGCCGCCUUGUUUCUCGUGCUGUUAGUCUUGGGGACGUUCUGGAGCGCGAUGGACAGUUACCUACCCUUGCAUUUGCAAAGGCUAGGAGGCGAUGAGCUGUCCAUCGGUGUCGCUAUGACAGUCGGAGCGAUACCGGCAUUCCUGUUCCUCUGGAAGUCCGAGCAUUUCGUGGACUAUUGUGGUCACAGUAAUCUUCUCAUCACUGCCUUCACGGUGUAUAUAAUUAGGUUCACCGGACUGAGUCUCGUAGCGGGGCCUUGGUGGUCUCUAAUUUCGGAGGCUCUAGAAGUAUUCACCUUAGGAAUAAUGUGGGUUACUGCCAUUCUUUACCUGCGACACUUGGUACCGCGUCAUUUAACGGUGACUGCCCAAGGGCUACCUGUGAUAGCUCACUUCGGUUUCGGUCGAAGCAUCGGAGCCGCCAUCGGUGCUUAUGUCAAUCUCGGCGACGGGGACAUCGUGAGCUCGCUUAGAUUUGUAUAUCGUUGCAUGGCGGUAGCAGCGGCCGUUGUUGCCGUUCUGUAUUUCAUAUUGUAUCACGGUCUAUUGAAGCCAAGAUGUCAUGCACAUACCAUCCAAGGCCCCCGUCAACCUCCCACGAUCGUGCAAGCUGCUAUAAGAGAUUACGAAUUGACAAUGAACGGAAAUGGAAAUUAUACGCCGCUAAGGGUGUACCAUAACGGAAUGGGCAGGAAAGGUCAAUUUCGAUACUGAGACGUUAUUCAUAAGGAUAAACUGAGGAGUCCUCAGAACGCUGCAAUAAUGAUUCUGCAGUGCAACGUAUAUGAGGUGUCAUCAGCGACGAACUGCCGGCGACCUGUGUUCUCGUAUGUUUUCAUAUCGCUUUAUAUAACUAAUUUCUAUUUAAGACAACUCGACAUUACCAUUUUUGUUUCUUAGCACGUUCGCUAUCACACACGUGUAACAUAUGCAUCAUCGAGGCAAAUUUAUCCGCUAUGUCACGUGUUGACUCGGCAGCGAACGUGAUAAUGCGUUAUUAUUUAUGUAAAUUAUGAAGGACCACUACUUGCUCAAGUACGUUGUACGAGCUACACCAUCAGUUUCUAUAUCAUCAGUAUCGAUAAAAAAAAUAUGUCACACGAAAUCAUUACGUACGGACGAUAGCGAGUUACAUUGCGCAAAAGUAAAACGUAUUCGCGUCGUAGUAGAGGAAGAAAAAAAUAAAUUAUGUUUUCCAUGUACAAAUGUCCAUGAUCUUAUCUUAUGCUUUUUUAGUUUUCUAUUGAGUUAAUUCUUUUUUUUUCUUUUUAUGUACAAAUCGUUAAUUACGAAUUCUCACAAGGAUACGAUUAGAUAAAUGACUUUCUAUGAUAAAACCAUUUACAGUGAGACUUACAUGCGUCUUCAUGUGUAACAUAAGUCAAAUAGAUAUCAAUAUAUGCUGAAAGUAAGAUGUUUACUCGAUCAGGCGAAUGUUACGUUUCUGUGAGUUGAUAUAUGUAUACGAUAAAAGAUGGAAUAAAAGUACGUUGGAGAGAAA